CUCCUCAGUGCCAAACAGAUUUGGGCUUGACACAUCCGAGUGGACCUCAGAGUGGACUUGUUUAUUACAGAAGGCCCUAAAGGACAGACAUUGUCUUGUUGAUUCUUUAAGAACUCUCCAGCAAGAAGACCUUCAACAUCUCCAUCCUUGGAGGACAACAUUGACUAACUAUUAACUAUUUUGGACCUAAACCAAGAAGCAUGAAGCCCCGCAGACCAAGCUGUGCAGAUUCCGGCUCUGAGUGUGACCCCAGAGACCUGGAGAAGUUUGAGAGUGCAGCCCGGCGCAGGAUGGCAGCCAACGCCAGAGAGAGGAAGAGGAUGCAGGGCUUGAACACGGCCUUCGACAGACUGCGCAAAGUGGUUCCUCAGUGGGGUCAGGACAAGAAGCUGUCCAAAUAUGAAACACUGCAGAUGGCUCUGAGCUACAUAAUGGCCCUUAACCGGAUCCUGACCGACUCCAGCAGGCACAGCACCCCGCACAGGCAGUGGCUGGACCUGCAGUUCGACAGCCUGCAGACGGAGAGCUACCCCUGCAUUGUGAGGUACAGCUCGCCCAUGGAACACGAGCACAUGCAUCCCUCCUUCUCCUACCAUUACGAGGGCCUGCAGGUCCCCACAUAGACUGAGACGUGCUGGAUGGAGUGUUAACUUGUAUCUCUUAUUCUAAGGAUACAGACGUCAGUAAAUACAUUUGUAUUGCAUUCUUGUAUUUUG